AUGGGGCGCCCUCACCGCCGAGGAACUGAUAUCGAGCAGGACCCCUAUGAGUCCUAUGGACGACCUUACGAGCCUGCCGCCGAACAUUACGACCAAUAUCCUCCUCGCGGCCGCAGCCCCGGUAUCCGGCGUCGUAACAGAUCAGAGUCCGCCGCCGCUGCCGCUGCCUACAACGACUUUCAACGCGACCCCGACCCCAGGGAUCAUCGCGACAGCCGUGGGCAUCGUAAAGACACAGAUAUAGACGCCUACGCCGCCCAGUCUGAGCCGAGGCAGGAUCGCAAAAGCCACAAGAAUCACUACUACGAUGAAGAUGAAGCCUUCCCCAGCCGCGCUCUGAGCCACGGUCGCUCUGUCCGUGAAAAUCCAAAUGCCGGUCCCUACCGUGCUGCCGACGACAACCGAUAUGAUUUUGAUGCUUACGCGCCGGCCUCUCGUCACGGCCGCGAGCGACAACAUGCCUACCACCCACCCCGGACAAGCGAUACGAGGCGCACGAAGUAUUCAGACUUUGAGGCAGAUCCUCGUCAGACUGAAAAGCGUCGCUCCCGCUACGCCGACUACGAAGACGCAGACCCCCGUGUCGCUGAACCACGACACUCCCGAUACCAACAGUACGAUGCUGAUUCGCGUGAGAGUGACAGGCGACGUUCUCGCAACGCCGACUAUGAGAGAGUCCCUCGCGGUGGUGGGGAGUCAAACCGCGGCCGCUACGCCGACUACGAGGCUGAUCCCCGUCCACCGCAGAGGGCUCAUGCUUCCCAGGGCCGCGGUCGCUUCAGAAAUGAUUCGCCCGACAGGUAUGCUCAGCCUGGCGGCAAGCAGCGCUCUUCCAGAGGUCGGUCGAUGCCCAGAAAAGGAGCGAUAGGGGGUGGUGCCGUUGGGGGCCCUCGCCCUCGAGCCAAAUCAGCCGUUGGUUAUGCCGCCCUCGGCGAAGCCGCCCAGACAGCUUUUAGGGUUGGCAGUCAAGCGGCUCUGCAGAUGCGGAGCGAGCCUGGCCCCUGGAUCGGCGAGAAAGGUACACGGGUGGCCACGGCUGCUCUGGGCGCCGCCCUCGUUGAUACCUUCGUCGGCCACAAAGCUACCGGCAUGAAGGGCGGCAUGCGCCAUCAGGCGCUUCGUCAAGCAUGUGAAAUGGGCAUCCGCAACUUUGUCAUACAACCUACUGUCAAUACGGCGACCCGUCGCAGUGGCAGCGGCGGCGGUGGUGGUGGCGGCGGCGGCGGCGGGGGUCACAGUAGUGGCGGUCGUAGACGACACUGA